AUGGAAAGACAGAGGAAGCGCGAGCUGCGCGACCUCAACCAGCGGGCAUGGGCUGGUGAAGCAAACGUCCUCCCCGUACAGGGCUCGCUCGACUCGUCCAUGAAGAAGAACACGGCCUUCAUCAAGCGUCUUCGAACCGCCAUCAACGCCGCCGGCCAGUCCGUCUUUCUGCAGGAAAUCUGCACCCUCUCGCUGCACAAAUACCUCUCCGAGAUCAUCUCCGCCUGCUUCGAAGGCCUCACCAAAGUAAAGACUCCCGGAGAAAUCGCUGCUGGUGUCGAGAUCGUCUCGGCUCUCCACCAACGCUUUGGUCCUGAUGAGUUUACCAAGAUGCUUGGCUGGUUUGUCGGCCGUGGUCUGGCUACACCUGAUAGAGCUCAGUUGAAGGCCUUGGCCCAAGACGUACGGGAAAGAGAAGAGAAGGAGCGAAUCUCGAGGCAGCGCAUUCUUCUGCGUGUGGCUACCGAACUGUGGCUGGUCGGUGUCUUGCGUAGUCUGGAAGACAUUGCUCGCCCGGAAGAAGCCAACAAGCUGAAAGAGUCGGGAAAGCCUGUGGAUGCUGUGCCCAAGACCAAACCUACCCGAUCCGAUUCUGCAGAUCCGGAACCUUUCCCUCUGGAAGUGCUCAAGGAUAUGCUGGGCUAUGACCGCGAGCAUGUGAAUCUACCGCUGGUUGUCAUCUUUGUCAAGAGUUUCGCUUGGGACAUUCUGGCGUCCAAGCCCACACAGGACGGCCGCAAAACUGUUGCUGAGGAUGGCUCAACCACUACCAACGGUGCCGCAGACGAAAUGGACAGUGACCCGAACAGUACCCAGGACCCUCCACUGUGCGCUCCCGACUUGCAACAGCGCUUCAAGAACAUUCUCAACCGCUACUUCCAGGACGUCAAGGCACAUAUUCUGCGCGACCAGAAGCAUAUUAGUGCCCAAGGCCGCCGCAACGCUGAAGCAUACGUCAAAUCCGGAGAAGUCUUCGAAGACCGCCAAAACAAUUUCGAGAAACAGACAAAGUCUCAUGAAAAGCUGGUCUCGAACGCUCAGGUCCUGGCGGAUGCACUUGGUGCCGAAAUGCCAGAUCUGUCCGAGAAGGAAUCUGACAAUGCUGGCGGAGAUGGUGGUAUCGGCUUGGUCAAGACUGGCGAAUAUCUACGCGGCCAAGGCGACGGUGCCGGGAUCUGGGAAGACGAAGAAGAGAGACGCUUUUACGAGAACUUGAUCGAUCUCAAAGACAGAGUUCCUGGCAUCUUACUCGAGGAUGGCAAGAAAAAGAAACCUGAGGGUGAUGAUCAGGUUGGCAAGAGAAAUGACGAGGCAUUAGAAGUCAAGGACAAAAUCGAGCCUGCAGAGUCCAAGGCAGCAGAGGGCGAUGACCAGUCGACCGCGAUUGCCAACAAGACCGUUGGUGCACACGUUGACGCUCUGCUUGCCCAACUCGUCGACUUGACCAACAAAGACCAAGUCGAUCAAUUCGCCAUCGACUUCUGCUUCUUAAACUCCAAGGCAUCCCGAAACCGCUUGGUCAGAGCUAUCCAGGACAUCCCCAAAGGCAGAACCGAUCUAUUACCUCUUUACUCACGCCUUGUCGCUACUCUUGGAAAGCACUUGAUCGAUGUUCCGCAGGCAUUGAUCGCUUAUCUCGAUGAAGAAUUCAGAAGUCUGCAACGCCGCAAGUCAAAAGAUUUUCUCGGACAAGUCCGUAUGAUUAACAUCAGAUACAUUGCCGAGCUUACCAAGUUUGGCGUUGUCCCUGAGCAUGUCAUCUUCCAUUGUCUGAAGGUCAGCCUGGACGACUUUUCACGCAUGAACAUCGAGAUCAUUUCAAAUCUUCUCGAGAACUGCGGUCGCUACCUUCUUCGCAAUCCAGACACUUCGCCCAGAAUGGCUUCUUUCCUCGAGACACUGCAGCGCAAGAAGGGUGCUCAGCAUCUUGGACAGCAAGAGCGCAUGCUUAUCGAGAACGCCAUGUACUAUGUCAACCCACCUGAGCGUGCAGCCAUUCAACAGAAGGAGCGCACGCCUCUAGAGCUGUACGUUCGUAAGCUUAUCUACCUGGAUCUGUCCAAACGAUCCCUCGAGAAGGUCAUCAAGCAGAUUCGAAAGCUGCAUUGGGAGGAGCCAGAGGUUCCGGAGCUCCUUCGCAAGAUUUUCACAAAGCCUGGCAAGAUCAAGUACAGUAACAUUCAUCUCUUGGCUGUCAUCCUUGGAGCACUGCAUCGUUAUCAUCAGAGCUUCACUGUCUCUGUACUGGACGACAUACUCGAGCAAAUUACCGUCGGACUUGAGACCAACGACUUCAAACAAAAUCAGAAGCGCAUCGCCGAAGUCAAGUAUCUUGGUGAGCUGUAUGUCUACCGCCUGGUCGAUUCUGCACUCAUCUUCGACACACUCUACCACAUUGUAAACUGCGGUCAUCCGGGCGGAUUUGCUCGUCCAGGCUCAUACAAUGUUCUUGAUUUGCCAGAUGACUAUUUCCGCAUCAGACUCGUGGCUAGCCUCCUCGAAACCUGCGGCAUGUACUUUGACAAGGGUGCAGUGAAGAAGAAGCUCGACUUUUUCUUGUCCUUCUUCCAGUACUAUAUUCAUACCAAGGAGCCGAUGCCUAUGGAUGUCGAGUUUGUGGUCCAGGACAUGUUUGCUCUGCUCAGAUCACAGUGGAAGAUUGCUGCUACCUUUGAAGAAGCACAGCAAGUCUUUAGCGAUGCUGUUAAACACAACUACCAAACGACUGGGGCCAACAAGCAGCAAGAAGAACAAGAGGAAGAGGACGAGGAAGACAACCGCGGUAUUGACGAUGUCAACAACGAUGACGGCGACGACGACAAGUCAUCUGGAGACGAAGCCGCAGAGCCUAGUGACGAUGAGGGCGCUGGCGAGACUCCCGAGGAAGGUACCGAAGACGAGGAAGAGCACAUCGUCGUGACACGUCCUGAAGACCAGCGUGAUCCUGAGGCAGACGCCGAGUUCGAUCGAGAGCUGGCCAAGAUGAUGGCAGACAGUGUUGAGUCUCGCAAGUUCGAUCGCAAGCCUGUCUUCGACGUUCCCUUGCCAAUGCACUCCAACUUUGCGGUCGCUAUGCGUAGUCAACAAGAGCAAGCUCGCGCAGAGCAGCAGCGCAUCAAGAACCUCGUGCUCAAUUACGACCUUCGCGACGACGACUCCAACGAUGGUGAAUCAUCCUUCCACUACAUUAUGCAGCCCAACUCCAAUCGUACGGUUCUCGUCGGCAAAGGCGCCUUGAACCGAUCACUACAACCUAGGGAUUCCAACAAUCCAGUGGUUGCAAACGCACCCAAUACACAUGAAUCAAGCAGCCAUGGCAAUGUCAACACUGUCCAUGGUCUAAGUCUUCGUACACCUCAUCCCCGUCCAUCUGCAAUCACAUCCUCUUACGCCUGCACACGCAACAAUGAAAACACAAAGCCUAGAUCUGGCAUAUCUACCACACCUGCUAACUUUUCCUCUUCUGUUCCCGCAGCUGCUCUAGAUGCACAGUCGCCCUACAACCAACCUCGUCUCGAUAAAUCCGGAACUUCACGUAAUGUCACCAGAAGCAGAAAGUUGCAGCUCAGUGAUGUAGACUGGUAUGCCAAACCCUCCUCCCAGCCUCAUGCAUUGCAGAAAGAAAAACCAAAGACCGAAUUGAGCUUGGAUUCAUAUAUUGUCGCGAGCAAGAAGCAGAGGAAGCCUUCUACAGGCUCUGAUGCCCUUGGCAAUUCUUGA